UUUCGCAGUCAUACGUUUUGAAUUUGUUACCUCUUUUCCACUGUACGCUAGUCGAGACAAUUACCUCAGUAUACUCUCUCCUUCUCACUAUUAGAGUAAAACGAAUCAAGAACUCUACAGAUAGAUACACAACUACAGAAACAGCAUAACUUACUGAAACAUCUACAUUCUACGAUGCAAUCUUCAUCAGGAACUGUCACCCCUCCCCCAAAGAACAAGAUGAUCAGGCAGAACGCUACAGGAACAAAAGGCCGGAAUGUCGCGCUGAUCUCCAACAGCUUCCAGAUUAACUUCAAGAAACCCUCCCUCAGUAUCUUCCAGUUUGACGUGUCCAUCGUGAACCCCAACAGGAAUAACGAUAAUAACGCUAACAGUGUUCCCUCUAAAGGAGUUUGUGAUGAGGUGUACAAACAGCUGAAUCUCGGAGCUGAGUGGGCCUACGAUGGAAAGAAGAACCUGUACUCUCCAUCAGGAGAGGGCGUCAAUAUAUCAAGGAAAAUAAAGCUCGGCAGAACUGAAUUCGAGGUAGAAGUGCAGGGUCCGGUGGCUAAAACCAGCGUACAGGAGAUACUAGACGCCAUAAGAACAGUCGGAGGAGUGAUCCCCAUUGGUGCUGUCAACGCUCUGAAUAUAGUCCUCUCCCAAGGCUUCAAUAAUGGGUCGUACGUUACCGUCAAGAGGAACUUCUUCAACUCAGGUCAACGUGCUCCAGAUUUCCCUGGUGGACUGAAACUCUACAGUGGUAUCUCCGCGUCUAUCACCCCCUCCAAGGACUUUGGUAUAACUAUCAAAGUGCUCAAAACUCACCAGGUCAUAUACCCGGGUGGAACUCUCCUGGACUUUGUGAAGAGUAAUCUGGAAAACUCUAGCAGUGGAGGCAGAGGAGGCGGAGGAAGAGGGGGAAAUUCUCGGUCUCAACUCCCCAGGAGCCUUGAUCAGAAGCAAAUUAGGUACUUCAAUGGUAUCCUUAAAGGUCUCAAAGUUGAAACAAAUCAUCUGGGCUACAAGAGAAAAUACACGAUCACGGGAGUACACAAUCAAUCUGCAAACAGUACCAUCAUUGAAGACCUUAACAUAUCGGUAGCCAAGUAUUUCCAGGGUUCUUACAAAAAUGUAAAACUUGUUCAUCUAGAUCUACCCUUGGUAAAGGCAGGGGGUAAAACCAAGAUCCCUAUGGAGCUCUGUACCCUGCUCCCCAACCAGCCCUACUUCACUACACUAGACUCAGCCCAACAGAGAGACAUGAUCAGAAAAGCAUGUCAGAAACCAGACGAGAAGAUGAAGGAUAUCCAGAAGUCCGCUGAAGAGGUUAGCAAAGUCACCUCGGGCUUCACAGGGUCAAACUAUGGGUUCCAGAUAAACCCCAAAGCAAUAGAGCUGAAUGGAAGAGUGCUGGAUCCACCCAAGAUGGAUCCAAAUCCCAAGAAUAGCGUCCAGAGGGGAGCCUGGACCAUGUCCGCUGUUCAAAAGUCCGGGGAGAUACCUGUCAAAGUCAAGCUAGGGUUCGUGUGUCUGCUCCCAAAGACUCGUUACACUAAAGAACUCCAUGAUAGAUUUCUGGAAUUCAUCUUUCAGCGAGCUAGAGCUCUGAAAAUAAACAUCGCUGGGGAAAACCCUCCCUUCAGUUUUAGCACUAUACACAACCUCGGACCCAUCCUACAAGGUAUGCAGUCAGCUUAUAACUUCAUAAUCCUGGACAACGACGAGAGCACUUACGGUAAAGUGAAGCUGACAGAGCUGUGCACCAAGAGAACUCAGUGCAUCAAGCUCCAAACUAUUGAAAAGGUCUGCGGCAUCAAUUCUAACCCUAGGAAUAACAGGCCAGCUCAUCCAGAUAUGAACACAAUGGACAAUAUCCUGAAGAAGCUGAACGCCAAGAUCGGUGGAGUUAACUUCGGGAUUAACAUCCAAGGUCUUCCCCAGAAGAUAUUCAACGAGCCUGUUAUGAUAGUGGGAGCUGACGUGACUCACUUCACUCGCUCCGAUCAGAAACCUUCCAUCGCGGCCGUAGUCGCAACAAGUGAUCCCUCCGCUGCUAAAUACAUUUCCAGAGUAAAAGCUUUGUAUCCGGAGGGGGAUAAGAUGUCUGUUGAGUACAUCAGAGACAUGAAGGAUGUAAUGGUCAGUAUCCUGAGAGAGUUCAUACAAGUAAACAGGCGUCCGCCUGGUAAGAUCAUCUACUACAGAGACGGAGUAUCGGAGGGACAGUUUGAGAACACUGUGAUGGAGGAGCUAGGUGGGAUCCAGGACGCGUGUACGGAGCUCCGAGCGGACUAUAAACCCAGGAUAUCUGUAGUUGUGUGUACUAAGCGACACAAACAGAGGUUUGUGGUGAAGAAGGGAGGAAAAGUGGAUAACAUGGAGCCUGGCACUGUGGUGGAUACAGGGGUGGUCUCUCCUAAUUACAUGAACUUCUACCUUAACUCUCAGCAGGCCAUACAAGGAACGAACGUACCGUGUCAUUACUACGUUCUGUAUGAUGACAACAAGCUAAAAAUAGAUAUGUGGCAGAUGCUGUCCUUCUACCUUUGUCACACAUACGCUAGAUGUUCUAGGUCAGUAAGCUACCCUGCCCCAGUCUACUAUGCACAUCUCGCGUGCGCGUCUGCACGUGCGCGCAUGCUCUCCCGCUACGACUGGCAGGAGAUGAUCACUCCAGAGGACCGGCCCUCUGAGCAGGAGAUCGAGCAGGUGACCAGACCUGACAAGUUCAACAUGUUCUUCAUCUAGACCUCUUGAUACUUCUGCAGGAGUAAUCACCAAUACCGACACUGGCCAGUUUCUUGGCAAACCGCCAGAUUAUGUGGCAGAUUGCAGGCCGCAGGGACAUUUCACCUUAAGGAGGUGGUUUAUUGGCAUCUCGCCUUGCAUGAUUAUAUUUAUAUCUUAGUUUAUAAACUAUAAUAAUAAUUGGUAAUGAGCCAAGUAUCUGUAUGAGCCAUCCAAUUCUUUAUUCGUGAAAAAGUAUUCUUAAAAACUACUGCAAUCCAUAUUAUUACAGUGGUUUUUCGUGUAAAGAAUUGGUGUGUUAGUUACGGUUAUGUAACUAUAUAACAUGUAUAUAAUGUAUAUAGCUAUAAUACGUAACUAACUGUAAAGUUUUGAGAAAGUGAAAGUUACCUGGACUCAUGCUUAUAUUGUUGUUAAUAAUUAUUAGUUUCAAGAUAAAGAUUGGUUGAUUGGAUUCUGUUCGAUGGAUCUGCAAAACAUAUUAACAAUCUGAACAGUAACUAUAGUUUUAUAAAAAACAUGAUUUAAUAUGAGAUGAUUUACAAUUAUUUUUGAUUAUAUUAUUUUCGGAAUAAAUCGAAUU